AAUUCUCAAAGGAAAAGGAGUGCAUUCGCAUUGUUGAAGUUCCCAGCCUGAUCCCUCAAAAAAAUCUUCACUCAGUCAUGAGGAGUAGAAGUAAUUCUGGUGUUCGUUUGGACUACUACCAACGUGUUGUACAAAAGCUCAUAAUGUGUCACCAACACCCUGUAACUGGACUAUUUCCUGCUAGCAAAGACAACGAACACGCAUGGAUACGAGACAAUGUUUACUGCAUUCUGGCUGUUUGGGGUCUGUCUAUGGCUUACAAGAAAAUUGCUGAUAUGGAUGAAGACAGAGCGAAAACAUACGAGUUAGAGCAGUGCUGUGUCAAACUGAUGCGAGGCUUGCUGAUGGCGAUGAUGCAGCAGAAAGAUAAGGUGGAGAAGUUUAAGAUGUCACAGAAUCCCGUGGAUGCGUUGCACGCCAAGUACAGCUCAUCUACGGGACAGUCAGUGGUCGGAGACAACGAGUGGGGGCAUCUACAGAUGGACGCAGUCUCCUUAUACCUGCUAGUCCUGGCCCAAAUGACUGCCUCUGGUCUCCAAAUAGUUUUUAGUCUUGACGAAGUAGCUUUCAUUCAGAACUUGGUGUUCUACAUUGAAUCUGCUUAUUGUAUUCCUGACUAUGGUAUCUGGGAGAGGGGAGACAAAGCCAACCAUGGUUUGCCCGAACUCAACGCAAGCUCCAUCGGGAUGGCCAAGGCUGCGCUGGAGGCCAUGAAUGAGUUAGAUCUGUUCGGAGCUCGAGGCGGCCCAUCCUCCAUCAUUCACGUAUUGGCUGAUGAGGCUCAGAAGUGUCAGGCCGUUCUGCAGUCUAUGCUCCCACGAGAGUCCAGUUCCAAGGAGCUCGACAGUGGUUUGUUGUCGGUGAUUAGCUUCCCCGCCUUUGCUGUUGAUGACCCUGCUUUGAUACAUCUGACGAGGAAUGCCAUAAUUGCAAAACUACAAGGGAAAUAUGGCUGUAAGCGUUUCUUGAGGGAUGGCUAUAAAACUGCUAAAGAGGACCCCAACAGGCUCUACUACGAUCCUUGGGAACUCAGGAUGUUUGAAAGGAUAGAAUGUGAAUGGCCUUUGUUCUUUUGCUAUCUCAAACUUGACUACUGUUUUCAAAACAACAAAGAAGGAGUGGAGGAGUACGACAGAGCUCUAGAACAGGUGCUGGUGAAGGGAGAUGACGGCAUCAAGUUGGUGCCUGAGUUGUACACAGUGCCAGCAGACAAGGUAGACCAAGAGUACAAGGACCACGGCUCUCAGGAACGUCAAGCGAUCGGCCGUUGUCCCUUCUUGUGGGCUCAGUCCCUCUACAUCCUCAGCAAACUCCUGCAAGAUGGAUUCCUGGCAGUGGGAGAGUUGGACCCACUCAACCGCAGACUGUGCUCGGAGAAAAAGCCAGAUGUGGUGGUGCAAGUCGUGAUCUUGGCUGAAGACAACGACAUUAGAGACAAGUUGUUGCAGCAUGACAUUCAUGUGCAGACCAUCGCAGAAGUCGCUCCUAUUGAAGUGCAGCCUGCGCGAGUGCUCAGUCACCUGUACACCUACCUGGGACGCAACAAAAAGCUGGGGCUGACAGGACGUAAGUCACGGGAUGUGGGAAUCCUGAGCACUAGUAAACUUUACUCUUUGCAAGAUCGCAUCUUUGCCUUCACUCCACAGACUAUGGACUUAGAACAGUACUACAUGACAACGGACAUAGAUUUCCUAGCCAACAAUAUAAUGAUGGACAUUGCUUUCUUGGCGAUGAAUUGGAAGCAUAUGCUGGGCCGCCCAACAUACAUCUUGGUGGCCACCGAAACUUCCGCAAUCGAUGAUCAAGGAAAAAUCCCGUUGGCAAUGGUGACAACAAUGAAAAAGUUAAAAUCUGGAUACAUCAAUGGGACUCGAGUCACCUUAGGUAAUCUGAAUGAGUUCCUCAGCACCUCCUGCAUCACCAACUUAAGCUUUUUGGGAAGCCAAGAAGAUGGAAUGCCUGACAGACUUAAUCCGCAAGUAGAGCAAUAUCUAGAACAACACAUGAUGAGGACUCUGACUCAGAAGACUUCGCUACUCAAACGUCCAGUGUCUCGGCCGAGAAACCUACGACGCCGUAUGUCUGUCAAAGGAGCAAUCAAGAAAACCAGGUCCAUCAUCAAUGUUGAGCCGGACUAUGGUAUGGACGAACGUCGCCCGUCUGUUGUUGGGUGCGUCCCUCUAAUGGUGGAGCCACCCCCUAGUCCUCACUGGCCCCAUGUACCUCGUAGUCCUUCUCCUGAGGACAUCACUCCACUAUGGAAGGUCAACCAGACACCACGAAUGAGAAAAGGCGGCAGAAGAAAGCUGAACUCGGAGACGCAGUAUGCUGACACGGAGGUGGAGGAGUUGUUGACGAUGUUGCGAGAGUCUGAACAUCUGGAGGAGCAGGGAGACAUUCUGCAGUAUCUGGUGGACACUCAGGGGCUAAACUACGACACAGGUAUGAUGGAGGAAGGCAAGGCAGUGACAGUGAAGGAUCUACUGAAGGUGUUGUAUGAGAAGGCUUGUCAGCAGAAGUUGUGGGGACUGGUGCGUCACACAGCAGGCAUGUUGGGCAAACGGGUCGAGGAUCUGGCCAAAGCUGUCACUGAUCUGCUCGUCAGGCAGAAACAGGUUACAGUUGGAAUGCCACCAAACAAUGAACACACCAUCACUGCUCCUCUGCCUGAGAAUGAGUUACGACAGUUGAUACAUCAGGCAUACGGGGACGAUGAGAGCACAGCUAUGUUGACCCAGGAACUUCUUGUAUAUCUUGCCAUGUUUAUUCGCACAGAACCUCAGUUAUUCCUGGAAAUGUUACGACUUAGAGUUGGUCUUAUCAUUCAGGUAAUGGCCACAGAGCUAUCUCGUACACUCAUCUGUUCUGGCGAGGAAGCCUCAGAACACCUUCUCAAUCUUUCUCCGUUUGAGAUGAAGAAUUUGCUGCACCACAUCAUGAGUGGGAAAGAGUUUGCCAUUAGCAGUGUUGGAGGAGGAAACUUUUCUGUAAUCAGUUGCAAGUCUGGAAAAGUGAGCAAGAAGAGUCAGAUAGGAGGCAUGCUGGGUCUGGACUGUGGCGACGGAGGGGAAGAGGUGGAGGGGGACAGACAAGGUCAGUGGCUACGGAGACGGAGAUUGGACGGAGCUCUCAACAGAGUUCCCCGAGACUUCUACCCUCGGGUCUGGAGUAUACUUGAAAAGUGUGAAGGCUUGGCUAUUGAAGGGCGUCUUUUACCACAGAAUCUUACUCAGGAGAUGACGUCAGGAGAGCUCAAGUUUGCUCUGGCUGUAGAGACAGUGCUGAACACCAUCCCUCAGCCGGAGUAUCGUCAGCUGGUCGUGGAAGCUCUCAUGGUUCUCACCUUAGUCACUGAACACAACGUAGUCAAGCACCUGGGAGGAGUCAUCGCAGUAGAGAACCUGGUCCACAAGGCCAACCAGAUCUUCCUGCAGGAUCAGAUGGAGGUUGAUGGUGAUGCCACGCUGUGCUGCGCAAAACCAAAAGAAGCUCGGGAGACGACGUCAACGGGAGGCCUGCUGUGUGGAGGCGCAGCCUACAUCUGUCAACACUUCUAUGACAGCGCUCCUAGUGGCAGCUUUGGAACUAUGACUUACAUCAUGAGAGCAGCUGCCACCAUUCUAGACUGUCUGCCCAAAGAAGGCGAGAUAGAAUGCAAUGUCUCGUGAAGCUUUCUAGCCGGUAGUGACGUUAGGGGUCUAGGAAAUGAAGGGCAAACUAGGUACUAAAUUGCAUACUGUGAGCGAUGUUAUGUUUAAACUGCCACACCACUUUCAACAAUCUUAAUUGUUUCCCAAGUAUACUAUACAAUUUAGUCUGUAAGAUUUUAAAUUUUUACCUCAAUGUUAAAAUACCAAACAAUACAGUGCAACUUGGAUAAUUCGAACACCAAGGGACCAGUAAAAUAUUUCAAACUAUCCAACAAUUUGAAUAAGAUAUCAAGUAUAUAGUAAAUUUGGCUUCCUUUAAUAUCACUGCUAUUAGUCAGGAAUUGAUAGCUUUGAUUUGAGUUGAUUUUACAAGCGUUAACAAUGUCAAGUGCCCUAACUAGAUGACAUUAGCUCUUACACUAUGUUUAGAUGUUCACUGUCACUAAUCUGUGCUUUGCAAAAAGGAUUGGUCACUAGUAAGCUGGCAGGAAUGCAACUAAUUUCUUGUUUUCAUUUCUUUUUUAGCGAAUUUCCUAUUUGGAAUAAGCUAAUUUUACUUUACUGUAGAUAAAAUAAGGUAAGUACUGUUCAAAGUACCGUAGUAGUUUACCCUAUUCACAAAGUGCCAUAUGAUGAUAGAGUCGAUGUAUUUUUUCGCCAUACUACUGUGAAAUGACCUGUUUUCGUUGCAUGUUAUCACCUGCAAAAAUCUAUCAUUACAUUGUUAACUACGGCAAAAGAAUGUUUACCAUGCAAAAGUAAUGUUUACUAUCAUUUUUUAAUUUUGCCGACGUAAACAAACAAAUAUUUUUUAUUGUUUUAUCAACUUUUUUAAUUUUUUACAACUUGAGUUUGAAGUAUUAACUUUAAAUUGAAGGCAUAACCUAAAAAAUGCUAUGAGUUUUGUAAUGAAGAAAAUAAUUAUUCUUUGUAGUGUAGCAAAAAUUAAUGUUCAAAACACGAGUGAAAGUGGGUCUAUACAUAUUCUCGACCUUUUAAAGUGCUCGGUAAAUCUUGCACUUCAAACAUGAUCUCAAAUAUGUAAUGACUCACUUUCUACUCUUGUCAUGAAAUAUACUAUUACAUCACGGAUGUUUUUAAAUUUUACAUGUUAGAAGUUGAAGAGAGUUUUACCAAUGCUUGUUUAAUGAACACAAAGUUUAAAUAAUAGCUGUACCUGUGAUUAUUAAAAAAAGUUUGUAUACUCAUUUUACCAAAUAA